AUAAAAACGAACAUUUAAUCGUAUAAUAUUUAAUACUAGUAGUAAUCAAUUGAAUUUUUUUUAAAAAAUACUAUUAUAUAACGUGCCGCAUUUAAUUUUGCCCCAUAGACUUUAAAACAAUUUCUACAUUUCGGCCCUUAAAUAUUGGCUCCGUCUAUAUAACUCUCUCUGCGUUUACACAUCCCCCCAUUACUCUCUCUAUCUCUCGAUGAUUCUUGAUAUGGCUGCUGACGUCAGCUCUCUCGUACGGUUACUAAGCGGUUACAAAGAUGAUCGAGCGGUGGUUAAAGAUUCUGCCGGAGCCAAAUCCUCGGCGGCGCUGAUGACUCGUGACCUUCUUGGAAACGGCAGAGGAGGAGGAGGCGAUCGGUCUUUAGAGCUUGACCUCGACCUUCAAGUCCCCACCGGUUAUGAAAAACGCCUCGACUUGAAGUCAGGGAAAGUGUAUUUGCAACGAUGCAAUUCAACGAGCUCGUCGUCAAUAACAAACGCAGACCAAACCAAUCAAACAGUACCAACGUUUCAGGAUUUGAAUUUUCCUCCUCCGACUUUGAACAAUUCUCCUUUGUUGAACCUCUUCGACGAUACAACGCCGGAACUGAAGCUACUUCCGUCGUCUCGUUCUUCUCGUCCGAACACUAGUAAUUUACAGAGUGUAUGCACACUGGACAAGGUGAAAUCAGCUCUAGAGAGGGCAGAGAGAGAUCCUGCUAUGUUCAAGAAACGUCAAUCACCGGAUGAUACGGUUUACGAUCAUUAUAGGACGGAGGCUGUAGCGUCACCGGUGGUUGCCGGAUGUCCUGGUUGUUUAUCGUACGUGUUGGUGAUGAUGAAUAACCCGAAAUGUCCGAGGUGUGAUACCAUUGUUCCUUUGCCUACAAAUCCUAUGAAGAAGAAGCCUAAGAUUGAUCUCAACAUAUCAAUCUGAAUGUUUUGGAGUUUAUAUUGGAACAUUUUUGUAAAUGAUAGAUAACAAUUCAGGGGGUUUAUUUUGUAAAACUUAAGAAAGAAGAAAAAAUUGAUGGUAAGGAAGGAAGAUUAGAAGGAUGUUAAUGGUGUUUUUUGUAAAUGCGUUAGUUGAACAACAACAAGAAUUUUAUUUAGAAACAUAGUAAUUCACGGAAUAAAUGAGUCAAUUAAAUGACGACAAUUAAUGUUACAAUUAUCUUAUUUUCUACUUUUGAAUAAACUCGUAGUCCAUGGUUGGUUGGAAGGUAGUUUGAAUUCAUUGUAUAUGUCCAUCUAAAUGCACUGUCUUUUUAUGAAAAGAAAA